AUGUUCGACAUUCCAGAUGCAAAACGAAUCCGACGCAGCGAACUCUCAACGCGCUCGCAAUCCUCCUCUCCCGGGCCCUCAUCGCCCGAUCCCGAACUCGAGGCACAGCUUCAAGCACGUCUAGCCUCCCUCUACGGUCCUGUCGUACUCCCGCCCUCUGGCCCAAGACCUAACACACCCACCAAAACACGCCAUGCGACCAGCGACGGUGAGGAAUCGGACCCAGAACCCGACGGCGGACCAGGAGCGCAGGAAUUCGAAUUCCGCCUCUUCGCCGCCCCGAGCCAAAAUAGCGCUCACCCCUCCUCCAUACCGCAGAAAAUUAUCCUAGAACUCGAAGACGAAGAUCUGGGGGAAGGCGGGUUCAUUGUCCGGGAUCGUGACCUAGGGUAUUACUUUGCGGGGCCAGCGGAGGGUGAGAUUAAGAGCAGGUUUGAGGCUGUGGCACGCAGUGGGGAGGAAGUGCUGCGGUUAAGUACAGGCAGGGCAUGGGGACUAGAAGUUCCCUGGAGGGUUAGAGUUUUGAGGGUUGUUGGAGGGAAAGCUGCUGCUGGGGGCGGUGUGCGGGUGGAAGUUGUGGAUGCGGAUGUAAAUAAUCCAGGGAAGCGAACGAAGCCUGGGAAGAAGAGGAGGAUUAUCUUGAGGGAGCGAAAGCGGACGGCGGAGGCGGUGGAGGAGCAAAGGAGGAGGGAGAUGGAAUUCAAGGAGGAGACGGAGAGGGAGAAGAAGUCUAGGAGGAAUAGGGGGAAGAAGGUUAAGAGGAGGGCGAAGGAGAAGGCGAAGAAGGCUGAAGGAAAUCAAGAGGAGGGAGCUGUGGUUGUGGGGGUUUCUGAGGGUGGUGUUGAGGACAAGCUAGAUUCAAUAGAGGAAUAA